UCAGAGCGCUCCAGCCUGCCUGGCCCGGCCCGGCCCGGCCCGCGCGCGUCCCCCUCGGCCAGCGCUCACGGAGGCCACGGCGGCCGGGGCGGCCCGAGUCCCGCGCCAGCACGUGCGCCGCCGCCGACGGCCCGGAGCAUGCCCGCCGCCGUCCGGACGCUCGCGCGGGGCCAGCUGGCGGCGGGGGCGCGCGGGGCCACGGGGUGCAGCCGGCCGGGACGGGGCCGUGGAGCCCGCGCUGCCCGGGACGCGGCGUGAGGCGGCAGCCGAGGAGCCCGGAGCGCGGCGGCCCGCCGAGCGGGAUGCUGGCACGUGUGUUUUGGUCCCUGACUCCCUUCUGUGGACAUAUUGACCAUUCCUCCUCCUGUGGUGGAGACGUCACAGAGCUGCUCAGAUCUACAGGUGCACCCAGUCGUGUAUGUGAGGGAGCCUCUGUUGCUGCCACGGCUGCAUCUCUCUUAGUCUUCUCCUGUUUGCUCUGGUCUUCAUUGAAUUCUGUCAUGGUUAUUUAAGGAAUCUUGCCUAGAAAGUCCCCACAAGCACACAGUGCCCUGCCGCCCAGAAGGCGUGGACUCCAAGAUGAUCAUAAAGGAAUACCGGAUUCCCCUGCCAAUGACCGUGGAGGAAUACCGCAUUGCCCAGCUGUACAUGAUACAGAAGAAGAGCCGAAAUGAAACCUAUGGACAAGGCAGUGGAGUGGAAAUCCUGGAGAACCGGCCCUACACAGAUGGUCCUGGUGGCUCUGGGCAGUACACCCACAAGGUGUAUCAUGUGGGCAUGCACAUUCCUGGCUGGUUUCGCUCCAUCUUGCCCAAGGCAGCCUUGCGGGUGGUGGAGGAAUCCUGGAAUGCCUACCCCUAUACCCGAACAAGGUUCACCUGCCCCUUUGUGGAGAAGUUCUCCAUUGACAUUGAAACCUUUUAUAAGACAGACACUGGGGAAAAUAAUAAUGUGUUCAACCUGUCUCCUGUGGAAAAGAACCAGCUGGUAACAGACAUCAUCGACAUUGUCAAGGAUCCUGUGCCCCCCAGUGAGUAUAAGACAGAAGAAGACCCCAAGAUAUUCCACUCAAUCAAGACUUGUCGGGGACCUCUUUCUGAAAACUGGAUUCAGGAGUACAAGAAGCGGCUCCUCCCCAUCAUGUGUGCCUACAAGCUCUGCAAGGUGGAGUUCCGAUACUGGGGCAUGCAGUCCAAGAUCGAGAGGUUCAUCCAUGACACAGGCCUGCGGCGGGUGAUGGUGAGGGCCCACCGGCAGGCCUGGUGCUGGCAGGACGAGUGGUAUGGGCUGACCAUGGAGAAAAUCCGAGAGCUGGAGAGGGAGGUACAGCUCAUGCUGUCCCAAAAAAUGGCCCAGUUUUCGGAGGAAGGACCCUCAGAACCCAGCAAAGACGGUACUAUCAAGGACCAGGCAUCUGGAGCAACCCCUGAACCCAGUGGCAACAAUGGGGAGCCUCUGGGGCGGGGCCUGAAGAAGCAGUGGUCCACUUCCUCCAAGUCCUCAAGGUCCUCCAAGCGUGGAGCCAGCCCCUCCCGACAUAGCAUCUCAGAGUGGAGGAUGCAGAGUAUCGCCAGGGACUCAGACGAAGGCUCGGAAGAGGAGUUCUUCGAUGCACAAGAGAGCCUGUGCCACAAGGAGGAAAUACACACCCAGGACAUGACCAAGUGGAACUCCAAUGACCUCAUGGACAAAAUGGAGAAUCCAGAGCCUGAGGAAUCACAGGAUUUUAUCUACCAGCAGAGUUGCUCUAAGUUCAGGGUGGCCUCCAGUGUGGAGCAGCUGAACAUCAUCGAGGAUGAGGUGAGCCAGCCACUAGCCGCACCACCCUCCAAGAUUCACGUGCUGCUGCUGGUGCUGCAUGGAGGCACCAUCCUGGACACUGGAGCAGGGGACCCCAGCUCCAAGCAGGGUGACACCAAUACUAUCACCAACGUGUUCGACACUGUCAUGCGUGUGCACUACCCCAGUGCCCUAGGCCACCUAGCCAUCCGCCUGGUGCCCUGCCCACCCAUCUGUGCUGAUGCCUUCGCCCUCGUCUCCAACCUCAGUCCCUAUGGCCAUGAUGAGGGCUGUCUGUCUAGCAGCCAGGACCACAUCCCCCUGGCUGCCCUGCCCCUGCUGGCUACUUCCUCACCCCAGUACCAGGAGGCAGUUGCUACGGUGAUUCAGCGGGCCAACCUGGCCUAUGGAGACUUUAUCAAGUCCCAGGAAGGUGUGACCUUCAAUGGGCAGGUCUGCCUGAUUGGAGACUGUGUUGGGGGCAUCCUGGCAUUUGAUGCCUUAUGUUACAGUGGGCAGCCGGUGUCUGAGAGUCAAAGCAGUAGCCGCCGGGGCAGUGUGGUCAGCAUGCAGGAUGCAGACCUGCUGUCCCCGGGCAUCCUGGUGAAUGCAGCACACUGCUCCAGCGGCAGUGGCAGUGGCAGUGGUGGAGGCUCCAGCUUGGAGAGCAGCCGGCACCUGAGUCGCAGUAACAUUGACAUCCCCCGAAGCAAUGGCACCGAGGACUCCAGAAGGCAGCUGCCCCGCAAAAGGAGUGAUUCAUCCACCUAUGAGCUGGACACCCUCCAGCAGCACCAGGCCUUCCUAUCCAGUCUCCAUGCCAGCGUGCUGAGGAAUGAGCCCAGCUCCCGCCGCUCAAGCAGUUCCACGAUGCUGGACGGUGCCGGGGCCCUGGGCAAGUUUGACUUCGAGAUCGCCGACCUCUUCCUCUUCGGGUGCCCACUGGGGCUAGUCCUAGCAUUGAGGAAAACAGUCAUCCCUUCCCUGGACGUUUUCCAGCUGCGGCCAGCGUGUCAGCAAGUGUACAACCUCUUCCACCCCGCGGACCCUUCAGCCUCCCGCCUGGAACCGCUGCUGGAGCGGCGAUUCCACACCCUGGCGCCCUUCAACAUCCCUCGAUACCAGCGCUACCCGCUGGGGGAUGGCUGCUCCACACUGCUGGUCGAGACCGUGCAGAGAAACCCAGAGCUGGUCCUGGAGGGCGGCCCCCUGGCCCCUCUCCCCCACGGGGACAGCUUCCUGGAGACCAGUAUCCCUGUUCCCGCGCUCACCUGGCAGGAGGGGCCCCGCCAGAGCCUGGGCUGUUCUGAGUCGGAUGUGCUCCAGACCCACAACACAGUCUUCCAAGAACAUGCAGCCCCCUCGUCACCUGGCACAGCCCCUGCUAGCCGUGGCUUCCGCAGAGCCAGUGAGAUCAGCAUUGCCAGUCAGGUGUCAGGCAUGGCGGAGAGCUACACAGCAUCCAGCAUUGCACAGAAGGGUCCCUCAUCGCUCAACUACACUCCCAGCAUCAGGCGCCUAUCCUUGCUCGCCCUGCCCCCCCCAUCCCCUACCACUCAGGGUCCCCAUGCCAGGGCAAGGCAAGUGAGCCCCAACCUGGAGAGGGCCCCCUGCCUCCCUGACUUGGACAUCGGAGAAGUUGCUGCCAAGUGGUGGGGCCAGAAGCGGAUUGACUACGCCCUGUACUGUCCCGACGCCCUCACGGCCUUCCCCACAGUGGCCCUGCCCCACCUCUUCCACGCCAGCUACUGGGAGUCAACAGAUGUGGUCUCCUUCCUGCUGAGACAGGUCAUGCGGCACGACAGCUCGAGCAUCCUAGAGCUGGACGGCAAGGAGGUGUCUGUGUUCACGCCUUCGCAGCCCAGGGAGAAGUGGCAGCGCAAGAGGACCCAUGUGAAGCUGCGGAAUGUGGCAGCCAACCACCGGAUCAAUGAUGCAGUGGCCAACGAGGAUGGCCCACAGGUUGUGACAGGCCGCUUCAUGUACGGGCCCUUGGACAUGGUCACCCUGACUGGGGAAAAGGUGGAUGUGCACGUCAUGACACAGCCGCCCUCAGGUGAGUGGCUGUACCUAGACACUCUAGUGACCAACAGCAGUGGGCGUGUCUCCUACACCAUUCCAGAAACACACCGCCUGGGGGUGGGCGUCUACCCCAUCAAGAUGGUGGUCAGGGGAGACCACACAUUUGCCGACAGCUACAUCACUGUGCUCCCCAAGGGCACAGAGUUUGUGGUCUUCAGUAUCGAUGGCUCCUUUGCCGCCAGUGUGUCCAUCAUGGGCAGCGACCCCAAGGUGCGCGCCGGGGCUGUGGACGUGGUGCGACACUGGCAGGACCUGGGCUACCUCAUCAUCUAUGUGACCGGCCGGCCCGACAUGCAGAAGCAGCGGGUGGUGGCAUGGCUGGCUCAGCACAAUUUCCCUCACGGUGUGGUGUCCUUCUGUGACGGCCUGGUGCACGACCCACUGCGGCACAAGGCUAACUUUCUGAAGCUGCUCAUCUCUGAGUUGCACCUGCGCGCGCAUGCGGCCUACGGCUCCACCAAGGAUGUGGCAGUCUAUAACUCCAUCAGCCUGUCCCCCAUGCACAUCUACAUUGUGGGUCGACCCACCAAGAAGCUGCAGCAGCAGUGCCAGUUCAUCACAGACGGCUACGCAGCCCACCUGGCCCAGCUCAAGUACAAUCAUCGGGCUCGUCCAGCCCGGAACACGGCCACACGCAUGGCUUUGCGCAAGGGCAGCUUCGGCCUACCUGGCCAGAGUGACUUCCUUCGCUCCCGGAACCACCUGCUCCGCACCAUCUCAGCCCAGCCCAGUGGGCCCAGCCAUCGGCAUGAUCGGACACAGACCCAGAUGGACGGCGAGCAGCGGGGCCAGCGCAGCAUGAGCGUGGCGGCCAGCUGCUGGGGCCGUGCCAUGACUGGCCGGCUUGAACCAGGGGCAGCCACGGGACCCAAGUAGGCCACUCUCAGGAGGCGCUGUGGUCUCCAUGGUGCUAGGCCAGGGCACCGGCCCUCCUGGGAGGCCUGGCCUGCGCACACGUAGGUGGCUGGGGACAAGCACAGACAUGGCCUGAGCUCGACCCAGGCAGGGCUCCUUGGAAGACAUGGUCGUGCCAACACAGUCCUCCCAGCCUUGCCUAAUGCCCUAGGCUCUGAGGAGCCCAGCUGGUCAUGGGAACUGGCAGGAUGUCCAGCCCAUAAUGGAAGAGGAACCAGGACUGGCCGUGUAGCCCAGCCUAGGAGGCAUUCCUGGACUUCUUGUUCCAUGUUGAUCUCUCAGCCUCCUGGUGCCAGGCAUGGGUCUCAGCCCCGUCUGCCACCUCCCUGUCUGCUGGUGCCCCUUCCCAUUUGGUAGCAGCUCCAAUGGGGUCCAGCCUGCUUCUUGUUGACUCCAGUUCUCAACUGUCCAACCUCACUGGUUUUGCACUGGUUUUUGAGAGUGGAGACCCGUUACCAUCUCCUGGCUCCAGACAUGUUGACAUGCAUGAAAAUCCAGUCUCUGCUGAUCCAGGGCCUGUCACCACACAGAAUAUUCCAGUGUGGAAAAUCUUUACGCAAGCAGGAGAGAAAGGCCAUAUCUUAAUUUUUGCACCUGCCCAGCCUGUCGACACCACGGCAGCCCAAAUGGCAGUCCCAGACUGCUACCCACCUGUCCACCCGCCCCACCUAGAGCUCAGUGCAGUCCCAGAACUGACGCCACUCCGGGCCCUGAGCACAGCACAGGUGUGAGGCCAGCAAAGUGCACAGCUGGCUCUUGGUAGCCCACCUUGGGCAGCUGGACCUGGAGAAGACUGGCCUCCACCUCCACUCCUUGCCUGCCCUGGGCCAGGCUCCGUGCCAUGGUUGCUGCCCACUGCGUUUCUACGCAUUUCUACUUCUCCAUCUGGUUUCUAUAAGGUUUUUUUAAAACAGGCAAUCCUCGGCUGCUUCCUCUUCUUAACUCAGUGUCAGCGCAGCCUGCUACGUUAGGAACACCCAGCACUGUGACAGGCACCACUCAGUCUGGCCUGUGGGCCCUGCCCUUGGCCCACUUGGCAAGGCGUGGGCUUCUUGCCUCGCCUGACCCUCAAUUCCACUGACUUACUACUCUGGGGCGGGUGGGGCUCUUAGGUUUUCUUAAUGCCAUUCUGUUUAAUGUCAACUCCAAGAAGCCACAGCUCACUCGUCAGCUUAAGGGCACACAGCCAUCUUAUUUCUCCCCAAACAAGGAUGGGCAACCUCUAUACUGGGUCUGCGCCCUGCCUUCCACGCAGCACUGACCACAAUUCUGCACCUUCCCUGCGUUGGCUGAGCCCAUGUAGCUCAGGCCCACUGUCCAGCGACGGGGCUCUGGGCCCGAGUAGCUACCAGGCUGGACUCAGACGCAGGGCCACGUGGCUGGGCCCAGCAGGUGUACAGGAGACACUGACUUUGCUGUGUAGAAACGUACAGCACUGGGGGAGGGAUUCCUGCCAUGGCGGGUCACACAGGAAGAAAGCUAUUUAUUUUGUGCAGAGGAAAAAUGUCUGGAGGGAUGAGACCUUCAGGGUCUUCUCAUAAGGCGUAGCUUUGUGUUGUUUCCAGUGUUCUGUAUAAAGCAGUGAUUCUUUAUGGACCAAGAUUCCAUGGAACUGUCACAGUAAAAGUGCAAUACCUUCCCCCCCACUCCCACAGGAAGCUGCUGACCCGACAAUCACUGCCCCACUGGGGGUCCUAGGGGCCAGGGCCUCCUCCCUCAGUCCCACCCAUCUUGCCUCAGCCUAGCCAUUGGGAGAAGCACCUGGAAGCCUCAGGCUACCUGCAAUAAAGGCAGGGGAGGCCUGGAGUCAGUGGGCUUGGUCUCUCCCCUGGGCAGCCCCUUGUGGCUCUGAAUGCCCAUGUCUGCCCAGCUGCCAGCCAUGCCAAGGACAACAGCAAUAGUCCCCUGGGCUCUCCCAGGGCCCUCAGCCAUAGAUGGUGAGACGGGCAGCCUCCCUCCAAAACCUCACUCAAGUCUGCUCUUUGCCUCCCUUAACAUUUCCUUUGGCUCGUUCUCUUGAGGAAGCCCCACUUUUACAGAAAGUAAGAGAGGAAGGUCAAAGUCCUUUAAACAUACCAAAAAAAUGUUUACAGUGUCAGGUGCUGAGCUGCAGGGCUCAGGCCUGGCCAUUCGUAACCAAAGGGUGAGGCAGACCUCGCUGACUGCCACCCACCCAAGGCCUGUUAGAAUAGAAGCCUUAGUCAGUCCCUCCCCAUCCCCAGUCCCCAGGACUGAGCCUCGAUGCCACCCAUCACCAACCACCUGCCUUCUCUUUGAUUUCUAAAGAAGGAUUCAGCAAAGCACCCCCCCCCCCCAAUCCCCUCCUGGCUCUGUAUGAGCUAGCCACAACCCUUCUCUGUUUCACCUUUACAUCUCAGACCCCUCCCAUCUAUCUGUCCUUGUACUGUCUGUCUCUCUGGACCAUUGUGUGAACUGCGUCCUGACCCCACCCCAUGCUGUCCCCGCAUCCUAAGGCCUGAGUGUGCUCUCUGUAUACUGUGUCACAGUCUGUUACACCAAUUAAAGAAGCAGAAGGCUUCCUUCUGGUCUCUUUACUGUA